AUGGCACGGCACUCAAUUCCCAUAUCAGACGCUGGACAAAAAGGAGGCAUCGCUGGCGGCACAGUCGGCGCCGUCUUGAUAGUGGCCGUCCUGACACUGUUCUGCUACAGGCGUGCACGGCGGAGGAUACGGAAUAGAAGGGGCUCCCUGAGCCUGUCCGACUCGAGCUCCACGCCGGAUGCCGCGGAGCGUGGCAUGGUCGCCCACGGGGGCCUGUUCGGCUCAGAGGACAAGACCGCCAGUGCCGCCGAGAGCUUCGCAACCGACGAACCACAACUACCAGACCCGGCAGCCGUCGAGGCCACGCCAGGGGACCGCACAUCCGAGCAAGUGCCGAUUUGCUUCCGGCCGUCCCGGCGCCUAGUCAGCCGGUACCCGAGCCUCCCGGUGACACCCACGGCCAGCAUCCGGCUGUCGGAUUACCUCAACCCGGUCAUCCGCGACACGGUCCUGCUGCCGCGGCCCCUGAGGCGCGCGGGCAGGGUGGCGAGCCUGGCACGGAGCCGACCCUGGCAGGCGGGGGCCCGCAAGCAGCAGCCGGCCGCCGGCAGCGGGGGAAGCAGGAGCAGGCGCACGACGGUGACCACCAGCAGCGUGUACAGCUCCGACGCCACGUUCGACUUUGCCGAGUACGUGACGAUCGGGGCGCGGACGUCACGGGGCACGACGCAGCGCGCCAGCGGGACGACGGACGCGUCGGGGCUGCGUAGCACGCUGGCGAACUUCCCUCGGCCGCCGCCCUACACGUUUUCCAGGGGGGACGGGCAGGGCCUGGGGACGAGCUGGGGGGAGAGCUUCGUAUUUUCGACGCCUGAGGACGAGGUGCUGCUGGCGUUUCCCAAGCUAGCUCGUCAGAUAGGAGAUGAGCUCAACUAG